ACCAGACAGGUCACGUGUCGAGCUGGCGUUGCUGGGCUCUGCUGCCUGACGCAGGGACCCUGGUCUGCUGAGUGCCUGGCUAUCCCAGCGAAGGCUUCCAGACUGGCGAGCGGGUCCCUAUCCCUCUGUGCGGCCGCCAUGGACCUGUCUUUAAGCCGAGCUGACUAUAUCCAGGUGGGAGUGACCUCUCAGAAGACUAUGAAGUUGCUUCCUGCCUCAAGACAAAGAGUCACACAAAAGGCGGUUGUUGGAGAUCAAGAUGGGGUCGUGCUGUGCUUCGGCCUGAAGAAAGGAGAGGCCGUGCCAGUGUUCAAGACUUUACCGGGGCAGAAGAUUUCGAGGCUGGAAUUAGGAGGGGUUCUCAACACGCCCCAGGAGAAAAUUUUCCUGGCUGCAGGCUCUGAGAUUAGAGGCUUCACAAAGAGAGGAAAACAGUUUCUCACCUUUGAAACAAACCUCACUGAAAGCAUUAAAGCCAUGUACAUAUCCGGCUCUGACCUCUUUCUCAGUGCGAGCUACAUCUAUAAUCAUUACUGUGAUUGCAAAGACCAACAUUAUUACCUCUCUGGGGACAAAAUCAAUGACGUCAUCUGCCUUCCCGUGGAAAGGUUAUCCCGCACGACUCCAGUGUUGGCCUGCCAGGACAGGGUGCUCCGAGUUUUACAGGGAUCCAAUGUGAUGUACGAAAUUGAAGUUCCUGGUCCACCCACGGUCUUAGCCCUACACAAUGGAGAUGGCGGUGACUCCGGAGAAGACCUUGUGUUUGGCACAUCGGACGGAAGGCUUGGGCUUGUUCAAAUCACUCCAUCCAAGCCAAUACACAAGUGGGAACUUCGAAAUAACAAAAAGCGCGGAGGUAUCUUGUGCGUUGACAGCUUUGACAUCAUGGGUGAUGGGGUUAAAGACCUACUCGUUGGGAGAGAUGACGGGAUGGUGGAAGUGUACAGUUUUGAGAAUGCAAAUGAACCUGUGCUACGAUUUGAUCAAAUGUUGUCUGAAAGCAUUACCUCGAUCCAGGGUGGCUGUGUAGGGAAGGAUGGUUAUGACGAAAUCGUGCUGGCCACAUAUUCAGGCUGGAUCACAGGGCUGACAACAGAGCCCACUCAUAAGGAAAGUGGGCCAGGAGAAGAACUAAAACUUAAUCAGGAAAUGCAGAAUAAAAUUGCUUCCUUACGGAGUGAGUUAGAACACCUGCAGUUUAAGGUACUGCAGGAAAGAGAAAACCACCAACAGUCUUCUCAGUCAAGCAAAGCAAAGUCAACGGUUCCUUCAUUUAGUAUAAAUGACAAGUUUACAUUGAAUAAAGAUGAUGCCAGCUACAGCCUUGUCUUAGAGGUGCAGACUGCAAUAGAUAAUGUCCUAAUACAGAGUGAUGUCCCAAUAGAUCUGCUGGAUGUGGAUAAGAACUCUGCGGUGGCAAGCUUCAGCAGCUGUGACACAGAGUCAAGCGACAAUUUUCUUCUCGCCACUUACCGGUGCCAGGCAAAUACCACCAGGCUGGAGCUCAAGAUUCGCUCAAUUGAAGGCCAGUAUGGCACACUGCAGGCGUAUGUGACUCCAAGAAUUCAACCAAAAACCUGUCAGGUUCGCCAGUACCACAUCAAACCGCUAUCACUGCAUCAAAGAACUCACUUUAUUGACCCCGACAGGCCCAUGAACACACUGACUCUAAUAGGCCAGUUCAGCUUCGCUGAAAUUCACUCCUGGAUGGUGUUCUGCCUGCCUGAAGUUCCUGAAAAGCCUCCAGCAGGAGAGGGUGCGACAUUUUACUUCCAGAAUACCUUUCUGGAUACACAACUCGAAUGCGUAUACAGGAAAGGAGAAGGAGUUUUUAAAUCUGACAACAUUUCUACAAUAUCCAUCCUGAAAGAUGUACUUUCUAAAGAAGCCACAAAAAGGAAAAUUAACCUCAACAUAUCAUAUGAGAUAAACGAAGUAUCAGUCAAGCAUACUCUGAAGCUCAUCCACCCAAAGCUGGAGUACCAGUUGCUUCUGGCUAAGAAAGUGCAGUUAAUUGAUGCCUUAAAGGAAUUGCAGGUUCAUGAAGGAAAUACGAACUUCCUGAUUCCAGAAUAUCGCUGUAUUCUAGAAGAAGCAGAUCACCUACAAGAAGAAUACAAAAAGCAGCCUGCACACCUUGAAAGGCUCUAUGGUAUGAUUACUGAUCUUUUCAUAGAUAAAUUUAAGUUCAAAGGCACGAAUGUAAAAACUAAAGUACCUGUUCUACUGGAGAUUCUUGACAGCUACGACCAGAAUGCUCUGAUUUCUUUCUUUGAUGCCGCAUGAAGGAUGAACAAGGUUGUGAAAUACUUGACUUAGUGCUGUAGACUGGCCAGCGAAGUAAGCAGAGCUCGCUCAGACUGGAGGGAUCCCGGGUGGGCGUCCUGGAUGUAACCAGAUGAGCUGUAAAGUGUUCAAGUGAAGAGUGAUGGCGGCUAAGAUUUUCCCGCACUGGUAUCCACGAAACUACUUUUUGAUUAUAUGUCCGGGGGAGGGAGAGACUUUCAAGCAAUAGACGUUUUAUACAUUUAUAGGAGAAUAUUGUAUUAAAGUUUAAAUAUAUUAUAAAGAUAAUGGAAAACAGCUAUCUUUUGCUUUCAAAGGAUAGUUAUGCCUUUUUCAGAAAAUGAUAAUUACAUUGUUAUCUUUUGUGUACAAUUCUUAAAUAGUAAAUGUAAACAUUUAAGGCAUAUAUGUUGGGUCUUAAUAAGCUCACAUUUUUUUCUUAUAUUUUCUGAAGGCUUUCUUGGUACACCCAGGUCCCUGUUUUUCAUAUGAUCACUUUUUGAGACCACGUCUUACUAUAUAGAUGGUUUGGAACUAGUUAUGUAGGCCUAGCCGGCCUUGAAGUCAGAGAUCCAGAGCUCUGGAAUUAAAGGUACACACCACCGUGUACAUUAUUUCUACAUGUAGUAUCUAUUUGGGUCCACAGGACUUUGUAGUGUGCUUUGUUGGAUAUCAUAAUCAAGGGUAAACAAAAUUAACGAACGUUUGAAUUUCUUCACAUACACCCAUUUGUUUCAUGGUUAUCAACAAGAGCUCAAGUUGGCAUUUUAAAUUGAUCACAUCUUUAUUAGAGGGCAGGGGAAAAGCUUACUGGAAUAAUGCCGGGUGUAGAACUUCUGAGACAGUGGCAGGCGGAUGUCUAUGAAUUGCAGGACAAUCCGGGCUGCAGUAUUAAACCCUGUCUCAAAAUUAAACAACAAACAAACAAAAAAAUAUACUGGAGAGGUGAUGCAAAGAGAGAG